GUGCGCCUGCGCUCGUCUCAUCCAAGCAUGCUCCUUAACGAGGCAGUCUAAGCAAAACCGGGCAGACUUUACAGAACAGUUCAGAGCGACACAGAUUGGGCAAAUGACAGGACAGGCGCACCGGCUUAUGAUACAUUUUCAUUGAAUGAUCCACAUUUCACUGACGUCUUUGCGCAGCCUUUAACAUCUUUUAUCAGCAUAUAGCAGACGCGUAACUAUUUUAUGCGAUUUAAGGAGAGCCAUUAUUGGCAGUUAUGACUUUAUCGUAAAGAAGAACUGAGAAGAAAAACAGAAGUGCAUCUAAAGAGAGUGCAUCUCCACUCCGGGUGUUGCAUUGGAGAUUGUCAAAAACUUGCAUGACUUUACUGGACCUCAACAUGACGACAGCAGUAGACACAAACAACACAGGUGGGGUGAUAUCAUACAUCGGAUCGUGUGGAGGCUCUCCCAACCGCACCAGCCCCGUGUCCAUGUACAGUGAGAAUUCCAACAGCAGCCUGCAGUCCUUUACGCAACCCUGCUUUGGCUCUUCAUUCCCACCCUCCCCCAAUGGAUCCCAUGAUUCCUCACGGAUGUACACCAGCAGCAGCAGCUCGAGUUCUGGAUCAGGAGAGGAGGGAAGCUCAUCAUGCUCUGGUGGAUCCCCAAGAGGCCGUGAUGAUGUUGGAAUUGCACGCAAUUCACCCAACAAAUCAGUUGCCACCCUUACUAAGCUGAAUGGAAUGGUGUUGCUGUGCAAAGUGUGUGGCGAUGUGGCUUCUGGUUUUCACUAUGGGGUCCAUGCCUGUGAGGGCUGCAAGGGAUUCUUUCGACGCAGCAUCCAGCAGAACAUCCAGUACAAAAAGUGCCUGAAGAAUGAAACUUGUACCAUUAUGAGGAUCAACCGGAACCGGUGCCAGCAGUGCCGUUUCAAAAAGUGUCUGUCCGUGGGAAUGUCCCGAGACGCUGUUCGUUUUGGUCGUAUCCCAAAACGCGAGAAGCAGCGUAUGCUAGCCGAGAUGCAGAACGCCAUGAACAACAUGGUGAACAACCAGCUUCAGAAUGAAUUCCAGCUGGCGAGCAUCACAUCAAACACCCCCUGCUCUUCUUCGUCCCCAUCCACCACUUCCUCAUCUCCUUGCCCAGGCCUUACAGUGGGGCCGCAACCCCAGCCCCCCGCAGUGGCCGUAGAACCAACCUCAUCGCCCCCGGCCCCAACAUCCCCAUCGGUGCAACCGGCUCAGAGCUCCCCACCUCUUACCUCUUCUCCACCACUGUGCUCCAGCCCAGGUGUAGACAAAACCAUUGCCGCCAUUACCCGGGCACACCGCGAGACCUUCGUCUACGCUCAUGAUAAGUUAGGUUCAGCGCUGCUGCCUCACAACGGCGAGCUGGACAACCGAAGCAGCAACCGCUGCAUGGCUGGAUACCACCUCAAUGGCCACAACACCAUCUACCACCACGAUAAUAAUGUUGCUCAUCAUUGCAACAACUUCGAGGUGCCACCAGAAAACAGCCUCCAUUUUCAAGCCUCCCAAGCACCUGGACAACAUCAGCAGCACAAUAACAACGGCCAGCAAUCUCCAAACAGUAACCUCUACGGCGUAAGCCACAGUCAGGAGUUAAACAGCAGCUCACAGGGUCAGAACUGUCCGUGGAAAAAACGCAAGGAGAUUCUGCUGGCUUGUCCAAUGAACAUGCAUCCUUACUCGGACCCUAACAAAACACCCCAGGAAAUUUGGGAAGACUUCUCUCUUAGCUUCACCCCAGCGGUGCGAGAGGUGGUGGAGUUCGCCAAACACAUACCAGGGUUUAGCACUCUAUCCCAAAACGACCAGGUCACUUUGUUGAAGGCCGGAACAUUUGAGGUCCUCAUGGUACGCUUCUCCUCGCUGUUUAACGUAAAAGAGAAGACUGUUACGUUCAUCUCAGGCGCCACCUACAGAUUGGAGGCUCUGAAAAGCAUGGGCAUGGGUGAUUUGCUGGGAACCAUGUUUGACUUCAGUGAGAAACUCAACUCAUUAGAGCUCUCAGCAGAAGAACUGGGACUCUUCACUGCAGUGGUGCUGGUUUCUGCAGACCGUUCUGGGACUGAAAAUGUGAAUUCAGUGGAGAUGCUUCAGGAAAGUCUAAUUCGGGCUCUCCGGACCCUCGUCAGCAAGAGCACCCCUUGCGACUCCUCCCGAUUCACUAAGCUGCUGCUCAAACUUCCUGACCUGCGCACGCUGAAUAACAUGCACUCGGAGAAACUGCUCUCUUUCCGCAUUGACGUCUGAGGUUGCAAACCACUGCCAUGAGUAAAAGUGGGUCGCCGCUGGUUGACUGCAAGACAAAAAAGGGUACAAACAUUAGAACCCGUUCCAAGAGAACAAAACAGAAAACAAACCAAUGCAUUUGGUACUUAAAAGCACUUGAUGACACAUUUGAAGGGAUGCUUUGGUGUCUAAUGGUCGGCCAGUUGCCUUUAUGGCUAGCUAACCAUAUUUAGGGCAGUUAAAAGGGUCUUUGAGCCACAUGUCAUUGCUUACUUGAAAUGGGUGGUAAUAAUGAAGCAGACAAAAA